CGCAUAUUGUGUUUAACACGAAGGUCAAAAAUUAAUACUUUGUUAAUCUUAAAAGAAGAAUUUUUUUUUUAAAUUUGGGUUAAUAGGUAAUUAUCAGAUAUCUGCAAUGCUGGUAAAAUACGAGGUCAAGAUGACCUUUAAAAGUAUGAUGCAGCUGAUCUAAAUCCAUAAAUUAUCAGUUCCUGUUUGCAGUACUUGGCGAGAAAUUAAAGUUCAGUUAUAUGGCCCAGCCUAAGCACAAAAUGAAGCCAAACUUUCGGUGGAAGGAGAGUGAAACGAAGAAAGCAGCAUCACCAGAAUGUAACACUGCCAGAUCAGGGCGACAAGAAACUGUACAAACCAAUGCAUCUGAAAGAUUUACUGCAGCUGCUGCUCUGCCAAAUAACUUAUCAAUAAUAUUAACAACAGUACCUAAAGACAGUUCAGAAUCGGAGAAGAGAAAUAUAACGUGUUCAUGUAGUUCAAAAAUAGUGAAUUUAAGGACUCGAGAUGGAAGAGAUUGGUGGACUCCCAGGUGGAGGGUGAAGUGGUGGCAUGACUGGAGGAUUACUUUAGGAUUAUUGUUAUUUUUGUGUGUUUUAAGUAGAGCAACUCAUAGGACACUUGAUACUACCUCCAUUAAUAGUGGUGAUACCUUUGACAGUGAAGACAAUUUAAUGUUUGUGGCAAGAAGACUUAGUAGUGUAAAUGAAGUUGAUUACAUGAGUGAUGUAUAUCAGGAAUCCACAUUGAAAAGUAAUGGAAAUGAUGAUUCAGAUAAGUUAAACAACAGACCAACAGAAAGACCAUGUGGCAGAAGUCAAGGCCAACAAGUUAAAAUCCAAUACUCAUCUAGCAUUGUGGAAAAUGAAUACAUCGUAGCUUUUAAGGGAUACUACAGGCAAGAGGCACGUGAACGUUUUAUUGAGGCUGCACUAAAUGAAUCCAGUGUGGUUCGGUGGGAGGUGCUGCCACGUGACAAUCCAGCUAGUGACUACCCAAGUGACUUUGAUGUCGUUCAGAUUCAAGAGGUGGGUAAAAAUGGUGGAUUAGAUGCUCUUAAAGAUCAUCCAGCUGUAAAGAGAGUGACUGCACAACGCAUGGUUGUACGACACCUUCAUUAUGUCAACGAUACAGAGGAGGCUAAUGCUGAUAUGUGGGAAGAAAUCCUUUUUGCAAAUACCUCAGAGACUGAUGAGAGAUUGAUAAUGUACAAUAUCAGUGAAACAGAUAUGAGAACGGUCACAGAUGUUGAAUCUGAUUCAGAUAGCGAGGCAGAGGUGGACGACACAGACGAAAUAGAAACAGAUGUAAAUUAUAAUAGCUAUUUGUCAGAAAUUAAUUCUGACAAGAUUGAAGUCAAACAGAGUAAGAAAAAUAAACCAUGCAGUGGGACUGAAUGUGGCCAAGAAGAAGAUGAGAAUGGUACUUGGCCUGCCUCGAGGCCUCUACGACGUUCUUCCUUAACAUUAGGGACAGCGUUCUGGCAGACAACAGGCCGCCAUUCUAGCCGUCGUCUCCUACGUACGAUACCAAGGCAAAUUACAUCUACGUUACAGGCUGAUGUGCUAUGGAGUAUGGGUAUCACAGGUGCUGGGGUGAGAGUAGCUGUAUUUGAUACUGGACUCUCCAAAUCUCACCCUCACUUCAAGCGCAUAAAGGAACGUACUAAUUGGACCAAUGAAAAAACUUUAGAUGAUGGGCUGGGUCAUGGUACAUUUGUGGCUGGGGUGAUAGCAUCGAGUGGAAAAACGUGUCUUGGGUUUGCUCCUGAUGCGGAGUUGCACGUAUAUCGUGUAUUUACUAAUAAUCAGGUUUCAUACACAUCUUGGUUCCUGGAUGCUUUCAACUAUGCUAUCCUAAAGAAGGUAGAUGUGCUGAAUCUAAGCAUUGGAGGGCCAGAUUUUAUGGAUCAUCCCUUUGUUGAUAAAGUAUGGGAGUUGACUGCCAAUCGAGUCAUUAUGGUUUCAGCUAUUGGGAAUGAUGGACCAUUGUAUGGGACCCUUAACAAUCCAGCAGAUCAGAUGGAUGUGAUUGGGGUUGGGGGAAUCAAUUUUGAGGAUCAAAUAGCACGCUUUUCAUCCCGUGGCAUGACAACUUGGGAGCUGCCCCAGGGGUAUGGUCGCGUCAAACCAGACAUUGUUACAUAUGGCUCUUUAGUGCAGGGUUCAAGCAUGGAAGGAAAGUGCCGGCAGUUGUCUGGCACUUCAGUAGCAUCUCCAGUGGUGGCUGGAGCUGUUACCCUUCUUGCUAGUGGUGUCUUGCAUCGAGGAGGCAUCAUUAAUCCAGCCAGCAUGAAGCAAGCAUUGAUGGCCUCAGCUCGUAGGUUGCCAGGUGUCAACAUGUUUGAGCAAGGACAUGGCAAGCUAGAUUUAGUAAAAGCAUAUCAAGUCCUAUCGAAAUACAAACCACAAGCAUCUUUGAGUCCCAGCUAUAUAGAUCUUACUGAGUGUCAGUAUAUGUGGCCAUACUGCACACAACCAUUAUACUAUGGUGCUAUGCCAGUCAUUGUGAAUGUCACAAUUCUGAACGGCAUGGGAGUUUCUGGACGAAUUGUUGAAAAGCCAGUAUGGCAUCCGUAUACACCUCAAUAUGGCCAUCAUCUUGACAUUGCUUUUACCUACUCUGAGGUAUUAUGGCCAUGGUCAGGUCAUCUUGCAGUAUGGAUUACUGUUGCAGAAAGUGGCAAGGAAUGGGAAGGGUUUGCUCGUGGCCACAUUUCUGUUACCAUUGAGUCUCCUCCAGAAGAGGGGGAGACACAGCCAAGAACCUCUCAUGUCAAGCUUCCUGUUAAGGCUAAAAUGAUACCAACACCACCACGACACAAGCGUGUGCUCUGGGAUCAAUUUCACAAUCUACGUUAUCCACCAGGUUAUUUUCCAAGAGACAAUUUACGAAUGACUAAUGAUCCCCUCGACUGGAAUGCUGAUCAUAUUCAUACUAAUUUUAAGGAUAUGUACCAGCACUUGCGUAAUAGUGGUUAUUACAUCGAAGUUUUGGGUUCUCCAUUUACCUGUUUUGAUGCCAGCAAGUAUGGGACAUUAAUGAUUGUUGAUCCAGAAGAAGAAUAUUUUCCAGAGGAAGUGACAAAAUUGCGGCUUGAUGUGGAGAAAGGAUUAUCUGUUAUAGUUUUUGCAGAUUGGUACAAUGUGAAUGUUAUGAAGAAAGUAAAGUUUUAUGAUGAAAACACUAAGCAAUUGUGGAUGCCAGUGACAGGUGGAAGCAACAUACCUGCUCUCAACUAUCUUCUGGCCUCCUGGGGUGUGGCUUUAAGUGAUGGAGUGUUUGAAGGUGAUUUUACUUUAGGUGAUCGCGACAUGUACUAUGCUACUGGUACUUCACUAGCACAGUUUCCUCGAGAAGGCACAGUCGUUCGUAAGGCUCUCAAUGAUCAUGCCAAGGAGAUGCUGGAAGCAGAAAGUGAGAGUGUUCCAGAUGUUCCAAUCUUAGGUCUACUUCAGACCAAGAGCAACACUAAUGAAGAUGUGGGUAAUAAUCAGCACCGUUGUGGCCGCUUAGUGGUAUAUGGCGACUCUAAUUGCUUAGACAACAGCCAUCUUCAGAAGGAUUGUUUCUGGAUGCUUGAUGCUCUUCUUGAGUUUACCACCACAGGGCACUUGGCAGGAGUAUUCACCUCAAGUGCUGGGAUGCCAGUUCCUCCAACAACGGACUUACCCACCAAGAUGGAAAACAGCAACUUACAUAAGCAUUCAAAGGUUAUUGAGCAUACAUUAGGGAUGGAACAAAUGCGACCACUACCUGAGUGUCCAUCUUUACUGCCUGUCACACCACAGCCCCUCAAUGUCUCAAACAAAAAUCUCAACAUCCAUGUGGGGCUUAAGUUACUAUCUCAGCCAGAGAUUGUGGCUGCAGUAAAAGUAGCACCAGUUGAUGUUCAGCCAUUGCCAUUGGAUGGACAUGGUUUUAGCCAAGGAGAUGCUGCUGCUGGCUCUUCCAAUGCAGGAGGUCCACUAGGAACUCUCCCAUACUCAACUGAGAGGAUUCCUGCAUUUGCUGUUCUGUCCGUGUUGAUGGUUGUGCUUCUGGUGUGCUACUGGUACAGAUCCCGUCACCGUCCAAAGCGCCGACGCAAUAAACUCCGUAAAGUGGUCAUGGCUGCUAUUAAUGGUCGUCUGCCAUCAGUGUGACCCUCCCAUCUCCCAGUGUGUUUUAAGAAUGUAAGCCUGCUUUGCAGUACUCUAUCUUAAUUUAUAAUAGAAUGUAAAAUACAGUGAUUAAUUGAUUAAAUUUCUUUAUUUUAUAUUUUUACAAAUUAUUUAUUACCCAAUUUCUUAUUAAUAUUAUUGCAGUUGUUAGUGAAAGAUAAGUUUUUUUUUUUUUAAAUAUUUAUUGGCAGUUAGUUAAGUUUAUAAUAGAGUAUUUAAAUAUAUAAUUGACUUUUCUUUACAUUUAAAAUAAUAAUACUGUAUUUCAGUGUUUCUGUAUCACCAAGUGUGAACAAUUAUGUAAAUAUAACACCACAUAGGAUUCAGAAUCCAUUUUACAGAUGUUUCAAUAUAUGUACAGUUCUGUUCAGUCUUAUAUACCAAAAUGUGGUAUUUUAUUAAUGUCUUUGUAUAGCUCACUUGAUAAAUUCCAUACUAUUAGCCAGGUCUUUAGUAAUGUAAAUAGAGAAUAAUUCAAAGAAAAUAAUUGUACAUAAUUGUAAUAAAAAAAACAGAUAUGAUCAAGUCUGUUUUAGGCAACUAAAAAAAAUUCUAUCUACAGUUAUGAUGAAAAAUGUUUUGUCCAAAAACAUAUUUUAUUAGUAUUUUAUAGUAUUUUAAGUGUGAUAGUUGUGAUAAUUACAGUACUUUGUUAAUAGUUGCAGGAAAUAUUGUUGAGUACUGGUUCAGUUAAGUGUCCUACUGUUGAUAUAAACAAAAUGGGUCAGAGUCUUAGUAAAUGAUAAGUUUGUAAACUGUAGGAUCACUUGGUGGCUAAUUAAUUGUGCAGAACAGUACAGUACAGUAUUACUGUAUAUCUACUGGCACUGGAUCAAUUCUGUAGUGAAAUAUUUAUCCAUCAUUUUUAAGGUUUAUAUAGUUUGUGAUACGUGUAGGCAUUAUUUAUGUGAUUACCUAUUCUAAUGCAAGUCCACAGUUCUCAGUUAGUUCCAUGAUAUGGCAGUGAAUAAUUAAACUAAUUACUAUAAUUUGUCUGAUGGAUUAUUAAUUGGUCAACCACUAAACAUAUAACAGUACUGUAACUGUUUAUUGUUGAAUACUGUACUUACACCCAUGGACAGGCAUAUUAUAAUGUUAAAUUUUAUCAUAGAUUUCCCUAUUAUUUUGCCAUACACUUGAGAUGCUGACAGAACACAAAAUGCUAAAAUUUUCAAAUCUGUUAACAUGUGAUGCUGUCUAAUUAAUUGCAAAGUUAAACAGAAAAGGAUAACCAUCAUGCUGUAUGGUUGGUUAAGUAGAUAAUGUUCACUAGUCAAAUGAUAAUUUUGUAGGCAAGGUUAUGCUUGAAUUAGUUUUAUAUGAACGGUAUAAUACAUUAGCAUCUUUGAAUAUGCUAAAAUAAGUCAAUAACAUUUUUAAUUUAUGAAUAAGGUUUGAUGUUACUCUAAGUAUAGUUGUCAGAUGUGUGCAUCAUGUUCUGUUUUCUCUCUAUCUGUGUGAAUUAUGUAUUACAAGAACGUACCCUUAAAUGUGAAGUCAUUUUUAAAUUGAUAAUGACAUUAGUUUCUUGGUUUAUUAGCUUUUAAAUCCAGUGUGAGAGCCAGUAAUGUAUAAAAGAUAUUAUACUUUGUUGGAAAAUUCUUAGUAGUCAGUAGAAGUUUAAUAUAAAGUUUUGAAUUCUUUUAUUUGUUUCAGAGCUUUAUACCCAAGUAAUAUGCUUUAAUUUCAGUGAGACUGAAGUUGAUAAAAACAGCGAAAAGUUACGAGUAAUUUUGUAAAACUUCCAACUCGACUUGAAAAGUAUUGUAGAUUGUUAAUUACUGUAUAUACCCUGGUUAUGUUUGUGGUAGCUAUGGUUUAUAGGAGUUUGUUUUGUUUAGUAAAUUAAUAAAAACCAAAGAAUUUUGUUUUGUAGACAAAAAAAUUCCAUAUAGUUCAGUAUUGAAUUUAAAAUUAUCUUUGUUCUUGCAUGCAUUUAUUUUGUAUUGAUGAGCAGCACACAUUUUGUAAGUACUGGUUAGUUAUUCUUUUCUUAUUAAUGUAAAUUUUCAUUUUUUUUUUUCUGUAGUGUCUUGGAUUUUUAUGUAUUGCCCUUUCAUUAAGUGGGAAAAAAUAUGCUCAAGAUAUUUAGAGUUUUUAUCACUGAGAAUGGGCUUAAAAAAAGCACUGCAUGAACAUAGCAGCAGUUUUUAUAGAGGAAAAUGUAUAUACCUUAGCUGUCAUUCAAUUUUAAUGAUCAAGUUAUUGUAUGGCACAAGUUAGUGUUAUAUUAGACCACAUAGCUUGUAUUUUAUGUUUUACAAUAAUAGGUGUUUAUUUUGGAGCAAGUAUAAAAAUUUUGAUGUAUUAGUAUCAGUACUGAUAGAUUAUGACUUUAACCCUUAAACUGUCCAAACAAAUUUACGUUCACAUGCGUAGUGCUCCAAAAGUAGAUAUACGUUUUUUUACAUAUUUUCAAAUAUAACAAAAAAAAAGUAGAUCAAAGUUUUUUUUUACACAUUUUCAAAUGUAAAAAAAAGAAAAGAUCUACUUUUUUUACAUACUUUAAAAUGUUGAAAAAACGUAGAUCUACGUUUGGACAGUUUAAGGGUUAACUAAUUACUAAACAGAAGUAUAUUUUCGUAGGUAUUCUUUCAUUUAAAGGGCUUUAUUUAAUAAGUCAAAGUAAGUAUCAAAACUUAGUGGAUAUAUUAUAUCCAAGAUAUUUAUAAAAUCAUGUUACUUCAAUAGCAUAUGCCUCAGACUCUUAAGAGGUUACAAUUGGCUAAUUUUUCAAUACAUAUACUAGUUACUCCAAAUAUGAAUAAUGUGUGAAAAAUUGAUGAGGAAUUAUGAUGAAUAUAACCUGUCUUAUAAAGGGGGUCAUCUUACUAGUGAGCUGCUUCCAGUAAAACCAUGAGCUGGUAAGCACAAUAUUGUGGACUAAAACUAAGCUGUCAAUUUUUUUUUUAAUUCAAGCAAACUUUGCAGUAUUAUAAAAAGUAAAAACAUCUUAUGCUUUUCUCUCUAACAUAGUGACUGAUACUUUUUUAUUAGAAGAUUGAACUGAUAAACAAAAUUAACCAUGUUCUCAUGAAAGAUUUAAAUACAUUUUUCUGAAUCUGUUUUAAACACUGACUCCAAAUCUGUUCUUAUUUUUUCAUUCAUUUUUAAUUUUGACUAGAUCUAGGAUGAUGAUGUAAGUCACAUAUUAGAAUAAUCACUCAUAAUUUAAUACCUUUAGAACACGCUUAUUGAAAGGAAGUGCAAAAGAACUUAAAAACAUUCUCUUGUAAAUUUUGUCUGGCUUGUUGCAGUACAACAUCCAGCAGUAGUCUGCCAUCAUAAUUUCAUUCUGGAAACAUUAGCAGCAAUUUUUUGGCACCAGUACCUGUCAGUUAGUGUUCAUUCUGUUUUAAGUGCUAAUCAAGGGUCGACAAAGGCCUAUGCAGGAUUGCCUGUCGAGAUACCUUAGUGGGUAACCCUUUAUCUUUACUUUGACACUUAAUUUGAGGUACUUGCAGUGCCCAAAUAAAUCUGAAUGACCACUGUUCCCCAGGAGAGUCAUUUUAUUAAUAGUUGGUGGAAAGGAAAGACUGGCCAGGUCCUUGUUUCUAUCCACUUAUAAGCCAUAAUGUUGGUGGUUCCGGCCCAUUUCGUCGCUUAAAAUCGUAGAAGCCACAUUGUUAGCUGUUCUGGCCCAUUUCUUCUUCUAAAAUCAACUCAAAUCUUACUCCCAUAUGCAACCCCAAAUCCACAUCAUGUGUCAAUUGGCAGCUGCACCAUCGUUUCUUCCUUUGCAAUAAUCGACUCCAUCAGGCUUUCUCAUUGCCUACCAACUGUUGCUCACAAAUAUUUAAGCACACACAAACAAUGCCAUUUAUUACUUAAUUCAGGCAGCCAACAAUGAAUAUGACCAGUUAAACAGACACCAACAGUAGAUGCCAACCUUAUCUAGGAAACAGACAUAAUAUCCCUUUAUUAAAGGCCAAAAAAGGCCAAAAAAAUGAUGAAUAGUCUUAUCUUGAAAACCAUACCUGGUACAUGGCAGAGAAAAACCAAAAACACAUUCUGGAAUCAGCACUGAAAAAGAAGUAGUACACCAAAAAAAAUUCUGAUGAAAAUUCUUUGUUGACCAUUGGGAUUAUUUUAAAGUUUGUCCAUAAGGAUCACUUUAAAUUUUUCUCAAAAAAUAGUAAAUUUAGCAGUUUCUGUAUAACCCUUUGUCAAGGAAUUACUUUAAACUUGGACACAUUGUGAAUAUCUUGGCUUACUUGGUGUAAGCAAGUUAAUUUUAUUUCUUGGCAUACAGAUGUACAGAAAUAUAAAUUCGAAUAAAAUAUGCUAUGAAAGAAAAUAUCAUUUGGAAUAAAAUUUUGCAUUCAAGGUUAUAACACUAUUAUUAUUAUAAGUAACAGUAGUAAUUAUUAUUUUUUUUAUUAUAAGGAACUGUAGUACUGUACUGUAAACGGCAGGAAAGUGUUUGCAAAACUGGUUGAUAACUUAUGAAGUCACUGGUAAGAACACACAUAAACUACCCCCAUAAAAUAUUACCUCGAUGCACAGGUUAAAACAUUUUUUGCUUGAAAAAAUAUGAUGUUCAAUUAAUGAUUAUUAUUAUUAUUAUUAUCAUCACAAAAAAUGAAAAGCGUGAAUGAUCAUCUAAUUAAUAAAUGCUGUGUAUAAUGCAUGUGAAGGAUGUGAUAAAACUUUGGCUUUCCUUGCAAACCCAGAUAAUUUCUACUACAUCGUUAUAUUAUUUUUUACAUUUAUGACUAGGAUUUUUUAUAUUAAUACUGCUUUGAGAGCACUGUGUAAUCUGAACAUGCAGAGAAUUGACAACAUAGAAAUUUGAAGAUUGUGUGUGGUUGUGAGAGAUGUAAUUCAGAGGCCAGAGGAGGGGUUGUUGAAAUGGUUUGUCAUUUAGAAAGGAUGGAGCAGAAGAGGAUGACCAAAAGGAUGUAUAAAUCUUGAGUGGAAGAAAGUGGCAAUAGGGGUGAAAGAUGUAUUAGAUAGUCAGGGCUGGAGUAUCCACGAGGCUUGUAUGAGUGUGUUAGAUCAGAGUGAGUAAAGACAAGUGGUUUUUAUGAUCUGAUGUGCUGUUGGAGUGUGAACAGGGUAAUAUUUAUGAAGGGACUUAAGGAAACUGGUUAGCCAGACUUGAGUUCCAGAGGCAGGAAGUACAGUGCAUGCACCCUGAAGGAGGGGUCUUGAUGUUCAGAGCUGCAUUUGAUAUGUAAUGUCUGUGCACUUCUGGCUAGACAGCUACUGCAUGAAUGAUGGUGAAUGUGUUUUUUUGUAGGGGGGGAUCACCCUACUUUGGUAGGAGAUGGCCUGUGUGGUAAAAAAAAAAUUACUAAUAGAAACUGGUGUCAUUUUAGAUAUCAAAAAAGGUGUCACAAGAGGAUCCUUAAAGUCUUGCUUAAUACUUAAAAAGAAAAGGUUGCUGAA